AAGAAUUGAACACAGCUAAAAACUAACUGAACAACAAUUUAAUAACCUUGCUUGUGCCUUUCCUCAACAGAACAACCAGAUGGCUCUAACGUCAGUCCUUUAUGUUUCAAAGUCCAUGAUUUAACACAUAGCUAUCAUUUCAUCUUCCUAUAAAAGAUCUAAAUAAAUGAAUAAAAGAGAAGGCAGGGAACCCAGGAGAAACUACUUGUACUUUCCCCCCUUGUUUCACUAAAGAUCUGGCCUAAUCAAUUUAAUGGGGUUUCAGGGGCCUAAGUCUCUGAGAAAUGGAAGUUGUGAAGAGAUGUAGUGACCUGAUCAUUAACAUCUGGUGGGGAGAGCUGAAGGCUCUCCUACACCUGGGGGCUUGUCCCUCCAUUCAUAGCUCCUUGAAGUGGUUAAAUCUCUGGGAAGGAUUUGUAUUUGAUCUAUAAGAGGUGAUCAAAAGAAUAGCCUUAGGAUAGAUAUGCAGAUGUCAUUCUGUACCCUAUACUAAUUAUUACGUACUAAUUAUUACGUUGGAGUUUGUUGUACUCUUUGCCCACCAGAGAAAUCUAGAUGUGAAUUAUAUUCUAAAGAGGAGACUAGGGUGAGGAAGAAAUUAGUCUUUAGGGAUAGCCCCUUAGACUCAAAUUAAGAACCCCCAAAACAUGAGGUUGUAGGUCCUGAAUUACAUUAACAGGAAAAAUAGUGUUACAGUAAAGACUUCCAGGUAUCUCUGUGCAAAUUCUCUCUCACUGAGGACCAGGGAAGGAGAGAAACCGUCAUGGUUAGUAGCAUGGGGCAGUAACGUUGGAAAGGGAGCUGAGCAGACCAGUCUUUGGGAUUUGUGGUAGAAAAUUAGUAGGUACAGUCACAAUCUGGUAGCCUUUUGCCUUAGUUCUGUAACAAAAGCAUACAUUUACAUAACGCUUGAAGUAAGCCCCACAUUCUAUUUUAAGUACUUUUAUUUUCCUCAUUUUACUAAGACUGAGAGUUUGUUAAAUGACUUCAGGGUCACACAGCCAAGAAAUAAUGGAGGCAGAAUUCAAACCCGGAGCCAGAGUCCUUGUGUCCAGGAUUCUUUUUAUCCCAUUAUACUUCCUCCAUUCCCUCUAACUAGCCCAUUUUCACCAAUCACCAGUGGCUCCUCAGUCAGCUGGCCCCGUGCCAGAGCAGAUUGAAGGCUUUGCCAUAGUAGAGGCAAUAACAUCAUUGCGAACGUCUGAAGCAUUUUCUUCUUUAAUUUCUCGACUGUUUGACAGCCCUGCCUGCAUUUCAUUAUAUGUUCGAGUUAACACUGUUGAAAUCACUUGAAAAUGAUGAACAAAAUGAUCUCCCUCUUAUGCUGAGGAGCUUUUUCCUACAAGUCAAAGGUGUGUCUCCUGGGAAUGAGAAGAGGAUUGUUUUUAUGGGGAUCAUUAGGGAUGCAAACACGUGUUAAUUCUGUGGUUGGUGCAGGGUCACUUAGGACACAUCCUACCUCUGAAGUUAGGAAACCUCCUCGUUUUUGUUUUGUUUUGUUUUUUUAAAGGGAAACAGCUCCUCUCCGCACAGCUGACGUGCAGCCUCCCAAGGCUACACUGUUGCUCCCUUCUCCCGAUACUUUUUUUUUGUCAUUGAGAGGUUAUGACAACACAAGACAUAUUGUAUUUAUAAACAUCACGUGUUUCCUCGUUGGGGCUCGCAGCGUCUGCCAGACAGAACACAUGGAAGAAACAUUUCUCGUUAGCUCAGCAUCGGUUUUACUUAGGCUGAUUUCCGGGACAGGGAAAAUGCCUUCCUACUCAGAUUUAGCUUUUCUGGGAGCAGGAGCAAAGCCCCGAAUGUCCGUGAAAUAGGCUUAACGAGAGCGGCUACUGCUCCUUCAAACCGCCUAUUUUAACUAAAGACUUCCUUCUGUAAAAGGGGGGGGAAAAAAAAUCCCAGCCCAAACCCCCCCCCCCCCAAAAAAAAAAAAACCCACGCUGUGCAUGUAGUCCAUGCAAAGACUGGGCUGAACUGGAAGCGUUUGGACGCUUUCAGAUUCUCUGUGAGUCUAGAAAGUUUUUCCAAAGAAGAAAAGGUUCCUAGAAGAUGUAAGAUGCAGAGGGAACUUGCUUAUGCCCGAGGAGAAGGCCCCGGAGUCCCUCGGCCCGGACCCGCGGCGCACGCCCCCCACGCCAUCCCCAACUCCCCGCCCCCCACUCCGGUCCCGCACUCCAUGCCCCCCUCCCCGUCCAGGAUCCCGUACGGCGGGGCGCGCGCCAUGGCGGUGCCCGGCAACGCCACCAUCCCCAGAGACAGGCUCUCCAGCGUGCCCGCCUCGCGGUCCAUCUCCCCGAGCCCCAGCGCCAUCCUAGAGCGGCGGGACGUGAAGCCCGACGAGGACCUGAGCGCCAAGAGCCUCGCCCUGUUCAGAAACGAAGGGCUCUACGCGGACCCCUUCCUUUUCCACGAGGGCCGCAUGAGCAUCGCCUCCUCCCACGGCGGGCAUCCCCUGGAGGUCCCGGACCACGUCAUCGCCUAUCACCGCACCGCCAUCCGCUCGGCCAGCGCCUACUGCAGCCCGGCGCUGCAGGCCGAGAUGCACCUGGAGCAGUCGCUCUACCGGCAGAAGGCGCGGAAGUACCCGGACAGCCACCUGCCCACCCUGGGCGCCAAAACCCCGCCGGCCUCCCCGCACCGGGCGGGGGACGUCAGGAUGCUCGACAUGCUCCCGCACCACCUCCCGCCCCACGCCCUGCAGCCCGAGCGCGCCUCCCCCAGCCGCCAGUCCUUCAAAAAGGAGCUGGGUGCCACCGUGUACCUUGAGAAGCCCAGGAACCCUCCUGGGGUAGCGGGCAUGGCGGACCUGGGCCCGCCGCUGAUGGAGAAGCAGAUUUUUGGCUACAGCACCAUGACGUCGCCCAAAGACAAGGAGACCAGAGAGAGGAUGCAAGCCAUGGAGAAACAGAUUGCCAGCUUAACUGGUCUUGUUCAGUCUGCGCUUUUUAAAGGGCCAAAUACAAGUAAUAGCAAAGAUGCUUCUAGUGAGAAGAUGAUGAAGGCCAUGGUCAACAAGAGCCUCCCAGAUGGUGCAGGAACCCCUCAUGUUUCUGGGGGGAAGAUCUCUCAGGAGUCCGGUGUACUCUUCAGUCAGCCACCACCAGCUGGCUCAACAGCAAUCCAAAUGAGCCUGUAUGACAUGAGGCGAAAUGUGUCGGAACUACGGCUCCAGCUCCGUCAGAUGCGGGAACUGCAGCUGCAGAAUCAGGAGCUGCUGAGGGCAAUGAUGAAGAAGGCUGAGCAGGAAAUCAAUGGCAAAGUGAUUGAGACCCUGAAGAGGCUUGAGGAUCCCGUGCAGCGGCAGCGACACCUGGUGGAGCAAGAGAGGCAGAAGUACCUUCACGAAGAGGAAAAAAUAGUUAAGAAAUUAUGUGAACUAGAAGACUUUGUAGAAGAUUUGAAGAAGGACUCCACCUCAGCCGGCCGUGUGGUCACCCUGAAGGAUGUGGAAGAUGGGGCUUUUCUUCUUCGACAAGUGGGUGAAGCUGUGGCCGCCCUGAAAGGAGAAUUUCCAACCUUGCAGAAUAAGAUGCGGGCGAUCCUGAGGAUCGAGGUGGAGGCUGUGAGGUUUCUGAAGGAGGAGCCCCACAAACUGGACAGCCUCCUCAAGAGGGUCCGCAGCAUGACCGAUGUGUUGACAAUGUUAAGAAGACACGUCACCGAUGGACUGCUCAAAGGUGCCGAUGCCGCCCAAGUAGCACAAUAUGUGGCCAUGGAAAAAGCCACAGCGGCAGAGAUCUUGAAAAACCAGGAAGAGUCGGCCUACAGCCAUGGCCCCCCACCCCAGAGCAUCCCUGGGGGGAAUGGAGAGUCUCAGGCUUCAUCCGUCAAGUCAGAAGUAGUGCCCUUGUCCACCAUGACUGUCCACCAUGCACAGAGCUCCCCCGUGGUCAUCCAUCAGUCACAGCACUCCUCCGCACUGGUCAACCACACGCAGAGCCUGCCAGGAGGGCCCCCCGCCAGCCCCCCGGCGUCCACGCAGGAAUCGACCGCCACUGGCCAGGCGGUGCAAACCCCCCAGUCCCCACCUCCUCCCACCAACGGUUCCACCAUGCAAAGUCUGUUCAUUGAAGAAAUUCACAGUGCAAGCAGCCGGAACCGAGCUGUGUCUAUAGAGAAGGCAGAAAAAAAGUGGGAAGAAAAAAGGCAAAACCUGGACCACUAUAACGGAAAAGAAUUUGAAAAGCUCCUGGAGGAAGCUCAGGCCAAUAUCAUGAAGUCUAUCCCCAACCUCGAGAUGCCGCCGUCUUCCGCUGCUUCGCCCAAGGGGGAUACCCCAGUGGACAAGCUGGAACUUCUGGAAGAAUCUCCAAAUUCAGAACAGGAUUCAGAGAAGAUGGGAGGGAAGUCUCCACCUCCACCACCACCUCCUCCACGCAGAAGCUACCUUCCAGGGUCUGGGCUGACCACCACACGAUCUGGAGAUGUGGUCUACACCAUCAGGAAAGAGAACACGUCCAUUAAGGAAAGCAGCGAAGAUGCUGGACCAACGCUACCAGCCAAAGCCGCAAAAGGCCCACAAGAAGAGCAAGGUUCAGCCCGGUCACAACCACCACCACCAGUGGCAAUUUCUUCCUCAAAGGAUGAGGAAGAAGAAGAAGGAGAUAGAAUAAUGGCUGAAUUACAGGCAUUCCAGAAGUGCUCCUUUAUGGAUGUAAAUUCAAACAGUCCUGUUGAACAGGCCCGAACUGACAGUCAAGUUAAAGACACUAGGCCUGGUGCCGUUACACAACCCAAGGAAAGGAAGAAUUUGGAAUUUUUCCAAGAAGACAUACGGAAAUCUGAUGUUGCACAUGAAAAUGGCCCCCAAAUGGAAUUCCGUAUGGUGUGCGAUAUUUCUACAGGGAUUCUAAAAACUAGUGACCCUCCUGAGGACAGGAGGGAAAGAAAAGCUGAAAAUAAUGUAUCUGAUGAAUCAGGGCCCUCAGAAAGUAAAAAUGGAGACUUAAUGAAGGAAAAUGCCAUCCCCAGUAGGAGUGUGCCGAGAGACAGUAGAGACUAUUCUCAGAAAAAUGUGUCUCUCUGCCCGGGUCUCUCUGGAAUUGGCUUAUCAGAAAGCGAAGCAAACAAAGGGCCUCAAGUUUUAGGGCUGCAAUAUACUGUGGUUAAAACUGCGAAUCAGAAGGUGAGUUAUGGAAAAUUAAAAGACAUCAGUCAACAAGAGUUUGAAAAUCUGGAUAAAUCUAACCUAGCAACAAAUACCGAUACAGUCCAAGUGCGCAGUAAUAAUCUUGCCAGAACUCCUGAUCAAGAAGCACACGUAUUUGACUACGGCCAGGUUGUCCUAAGAUCGAAGGGAGCUAAAAAUACCAACGAGAGCUUCGGGGAGGAUGGAGAAGCAAUGGCAAGUUCUCCAACAGAAGAUAAUCCAUCCACUGAUAACAUAGCUUUUAUGAUUACUAAAACAGCUGUGCAGGUGCUGUCGAGCGGAGAAGUUCAUGACAUCGUAAGCAGAAAGGGAGGAGAUAUACAAACCGUUAAUAUUGAUGCCAGAAAAGAAGGGAUCUCCCAACAAGAAGGUAUAGAAAAUGAAGAGCCCGUGGUUUGUUUAGAUAAGAAACCCGUCAUCAUCAUUUUUGACGAGCCCAUGGAUAUUCGAUCUGCAUAUAAAAGGCUCUCGACUAUAUUUGAGGAAUGUGAUGAGGAAUUGGAACGGAUGAUGACAGAAGAAAAGAUUGAGGAGGAAGAAGAAGAAAAUGAAGAACUCAGGAAUGCUUCCCAAGUGUUUGCCAAUAGCCUCCAUUCAAAUCAGUUGAUUGCUCUAAGACCCGGAGAGCAGCCCAAGGAUCUAAUUAGGGCCCCGUCACAUUUGGCAGAAACCCGAAUACCAAGAGGACUGGAAUUGAGCAAGACAGAGCUGAACCAAGAUGACCAGGCGUAUUCUCCAAAUUCUGAUGAAAAGGCUGACCUUACGGAGGACCAAUUUGAAAGUCCUAAGAAAAAGUUUAAAUUCAAAUUUCCUAAAAAACAGCUGGCUGCUCUCACUCAGGCCAUCCGGACAGGAACCAAGACAGGGAAGAAGACCUUGCAGGUGGUGGUUUAUGAGGAAGAAGAAGAGGAUGGGACUUUAAAACAACACAAAGAAGCCAAGAGGUUUGAAAUAUCAAGGUCUUUAGCUGAAGAAACUCCUAAAACCACAAGUCGAAAACAAGAGCCACUCAGCCUGGAGAUUUCAAAGCCAGCUUCUAGGACUGAUGAGAUCCGAAAGAAUACCUACAAAACCCUGGACAGCCUGGAGCAGACAAUCAAACAGCUGGAAAACACCAUCAGCGAAAUGAGCCCCCGAGUGCUGGCCGACGCCCAUCGGGACUCUGUGACGUAUCUGUCCCAUGUAGCGCAAGAAUCCUCGCCCAGAAACGCGGGAGUGGUGGAAGAAGCCCCUGCCCCCCUAGAGCCCCCUCCGCCGGUCCCCGCGGCCUCACGUAAGGGCUCCAGCAGCGCCCCACAGACCAGCCGGAUGCCGGUGCCCCUGAGCUCCAAGACCAGACCGGCAGGUGCGGAGAAGCCGAGCAAACAGCCCAAGCUGCAGGACCCCCGCCAGUACCGACAGGCUAAUGGAAGUGCUAAGAAAGCUGGUGGGGACUGGAAGGCUACUUCCCCUUCCUUACCUGCUUCUAAGAUCCCGGCCUUUUCUCCCAGCUCUGGGAAAAGCAGUUCUAUGCCCGCUCCUAGUGGUGAUGCUCCCAACCCCCCUAACCCCCCUACUAAAUCAUCCAUUCCUUCCUCUAACCUUCUCAGCCCCCACACAGGUCGCACAGCUUAUUCUUCUUCCCAAAUCCCUUCUGUUUCUAACGGCUCCUUAAAAUUUCAGAACCCUACUCACCCAGGGAAAGGUCACCAUCUCUCAUUCUCACCACAGACUCAAAAUGGCCGGCCAUCCCCUUCCUCUUCCUCCUCUUCUCCCCCUUCCCCUGCCUCUCCCACUUCACUGAAUCAGGGUGCCAAGAGCAUCAGGACAAUCCAUACCCCUAGCUUCACCAGCUACAAGGCACAGAACGGGAACCCGAGCAAGCCCAGCCCACCCGCAGCCAAGGAGACCUCCUCGGGCUGAGCGCUCACUGGUGCAAACUCACGGGGCUCGCCGCGGCCUCCGCAGGGGCGGCAGCCGUUUCCCAGGAGAAGCUAGUGUUCUGUCGUACCGUUUGGGGCUCGAUGCUACAUAUGUACUAAAUACUGAACUGACUCAAGUAAAGCUGUUUUUUUUUUUUUUUAAACUUUGUUGCUGUUGUAAUUACAUAAUAGCAUUUAUUGUCUGUAUUCAGCACCUGUUAAGUACAGUGAGCAUGUGUUAAGAGAAAAGAAUAUGGUAGACAUACAGGAGAGAGAGAGAGAGAGAGAGAGAGAGUUAGUUUGUGUGUGUGUAUGUGUGUGUGUGUGUGUGUGUUCCUGCGUGUGAGAGAGACAGUGUAUGCAUUUCAAAAACAAAAGCGAAAACCCUGUAUCAAGCUUGGAAAACAUGUAUGGCUUCAGAAUUUUAGUGUGUGGUUUUGUACACAAAUAUUUUUCAUCAUGAAAAUUAGAAGUGAACAGAGAAAUACCCAAGUGUGACUAUACAAACUGUAAAUCUGAUACUAAAAUAUUUCCUUUUAUUUUACUGUUAUUUAGCUUUGUUACAGAUUUCUAUUUUUGUCAGAAUUUCAUGGUUCCUUUCAAAAUCUUUUUUGCCAAAACAUUUUGAUACUAUAGUAAUGUACAUUUGAAAGAAGUAUGUUGGACUCUUAAGCUUCCACACAGAUACCAGGCUUUGUGUGUAGGGGGCAAUCAAACGCACCUAUUGCACUGCCAUUAGGGUUAUGUAUAAUAAUUUGCCAAUCCAAGAAAAAAAUGAUUUCUUUGUUUUAGCAUUUGGUGUUUGCUGAUUAUUUUCUUUGCAAAAUCUAACCCCUUCUUUGAGUUCAUUUUAACUGAGACCUGGUAACCCCCACUGUACUGCGUUGUGGAUUUUAAAAUGUACACUUCUGUACUUUCUGUAAACUGACAAACUUUUGUACAUAUAUAUACAUAUAGAGAGAGAGAUCUAUUAAAAAAAAAUACUGUAUGUGGCUGAACACAUAGAGUAGUUUUCCCACACCAAAGUUAAUUUUUAUGCAUGCUUUGAAAAUAUAGAGGGAAUGGGCAAAAUGGUAACCAUAAAUUUAAAAAAAAAUUCAUUUGCACAGCUGGAGUGGUUUUUUUUUGUAAAUAAAUGUAUUUGUAUAACACAAUAAUGUAUUAUACAGAACUAUCAGCAGAGUACUUUGCAAAACUAAAUAAAAGGGCUGCAUGCUUAUA